UACUCAACGUGCGAGUAUAUAGAAGGGAGGAAACAAAUUCACCUGAUUUCUAGCUCCUUCCCUGCCUCUCUUGAUUCUGGAAAUCAAUCCCGUCGAUCACUCCACACGCCUGCACAACGGUCAGCUUCCGUCUACAUAUACCUUCUUCCUCAUCUGAAUCCACCCACAACCCCAAGUCGCCGGCCAAACCAAACAUCAAGAGGAGUACGUGUAGCCAUGGCCACCGACGAGCCCCUCGGAGCAAGUCCCCUAGCCUCGCUCCUCAUCUGCCAUCCUACCCCCUUCAUCUAUCUAAUUACUAGCAUAACAAUUACUCGGUCUUGGCUGUUUGAUGAAUUUUCAGGGCAAGACACAGGCGCCGCAGGCAAGUGAUUCCAGGACCGGCAUGGGGCAGGAGCUGGCAUUGGUGGUACAUCCAAGUUUCACUCUGCUCGACGACGCCGUGCACGGCGACGACGACGACUUCAAGCUGAUGGAGCAGGAGAAGCUCGCUAUGGUUGUUCAUCAACAGCCUACGGAAGAAGAUGCUGACCAAGUCGAAUUUUCUCCAUUGAUGAUGGUGAGGCCCGAGAGCGAGGAGACUGCCCAGGAAAGGCGUCCAGCCUUUCGUUAUGAUCAACGACCAGAGAUAACUAAAUUUUAUACAAGAAGAGCGAGGCUAGCAGGUUCCAAGCCUGCCAAGAGCAAGAUAGAGCAGAAGCCGGCAUUAUUUGACAGAAAAAGCAGCCCCUUUACUAAGGGUCACAAUCAUAAUGAUAUUGUGCCACCAACGCCCACCAGGAAGAGAAGGAGGCCAGCAGUCUCCAAAUCUGCCAAGAGGAAGAAAGAUAAAAAUGGUGACUUUCAGCCAGAGGUGCACAUAGUAAGAGAGAAAAAUUUCACUUCUACUGAAGGAGCGCAAAGAGUCACAAGAGUCAGCAGCAAAGCAUCCGAUGAUGACAACAACAACCUAGAGAGUGCAGAGGCAAUAGACGGCGCCAUUGCCCAUUCUAUCAAAAGCCUUGUGAAGAACUUCGAGAUCCCUGACGACCUGCGCUUGAGGUACAUCGAGCUCUGCCUCGCGCGGAAGGCACUCCUCCACAGGCAUCUUCCGAAGAAUAUAGGCUCCGAGUUCAUCGAGGCGAUGAUCGUGGAGACGGCCAAGAUCGCGGAGGGCAUCAAGGCCUCCUCCCUUUCUUCCCUCGAGGACCUUACGCUAUGGAAGAAGACCCUGACAUCAUUUGAGUUCCUUGGCAUGGAUGUCGCCUUUAUGGUCAAGCGGGUAGACGACCUCCUGGACCUCCUCAACGCUCCAGAUCACCCGUUGGAGGGAUACAAAGAGUUGGAGGAAGAGCGGGAUCGUGCCAUACAGCACGUGAGAGCCCAGGAGUCAAGGAUGACGAUCGUGAAGGGCGAUCUGGAGCAGAUGGAUGCGCGGUUGAAGGAAAUGGAGGAGACCAGCGUGAAUAAGAAUCACUGAGCUGCGCAGAAGCUGGCGAUCGUGCCAUGGUGAUCGUUCUAGUUUGUCUAGCCGGGUGGUCCAUUGCAACAGCAGCAUCCAUGAAUUUCAGUGUAUUAUGACUUUGUGAGUGUUCUUUGUGACUUUGUUUUGCAGCUACAUAUUUUGAUACAUAUUGUGAGUGUCCGAUGCUAGUCUGCUACUACUACUACUGAACAUACGUGUAAAGGAAAUAGAUGAUGAUGUAGUAAAACAAAUAGCUAGCAUCGGAUUCAGUUGCAAGAAAAAUAUUGUAGAUUAUGUUAUUUAACCUGGUAGAAUUUUGUGGCU